GAAGGGAACGGGCGGCGUACACGCCAUGUGUCAACACUUGCCCAACGCUGCCGACGAGAACGUGUUUGUGGGCACAACGCACAACCUAAUCAUGGAGGGCUCCUUCAAGAGAAAGUUCCGACCAGUCAUACAGAGCCACUGUCGUGAAACGGUGAGCGUUGUUGUAUCGCCUACUGAAAACAUCUUCUUCACCGUUGGCCGAGACAGGGCUGUCUGCCGUUGGAACGUCUCUAGCCUUGUCUGGAUGACGCCGGUCGAGUCCGAGUGCCUGUCUGCCUCAAUGCACCCCCGGGGUUCUACGCUGGCCGUGGGCUGCGCCAACGGGCGCGUGUCGGUGCUGGCCGCCGACACAGGGGCGGUGCUGACGUCGUUCAGUGUGACCAACAGCGCGCUCAACGCACUCGCCUACUCGCCCGAUGGCAUGUCGAUGGCAGUUGGGGCGAACGACGGCUUCAUUCACAUACUUUUGGUGCAAGACCAAGGACAGACGAAUCAAAAAGGCGAAGUCAUCAGGGGCCGAGACUCAAUCGUGAACAUUGACUGGUCAGCGGAUAGUCGCUUGUUGCAAGUCAUCACUACUGAUGGCCAGUAUCAAGAACUUCUUUGCUGGGAUGUAAAUAGCCUGAAGGCGAAAUCGCCCACCGUUACAAAAGUCGAUUGGUACCAGCUCACCUGCACUCUAAAUCCAGACAUUGUCGGAAUUUGGGACAACGAACACUUGACGGACGUCGUGAACCUGACGUGUCACCGUUCCCACAACAAGGCCGUCGUUGCAGUUGGCGACCGCGCGGGCUUCCUGAGAGUAUUCAGGUUUCCGUGCACCGACACCAAGGCGGGCUUCACGGAGCAGAAGAUCAGCUCGUCCCCAGUGACGUGCGUUCGGUUCCUGCAGAGCGACAAGUACCUGGUCACCCUGCUGGCCCAGGCAGGGUACUUCGUGGUCUGGAAGAUGGUCUCCAACCACCGUGUCCGCUCCGAGGCUGAUCGCGUCACGUGAACCAUUCGGGGCCCUGCAGGUUGCCUGCGCUUCGACGACGUCGGGAUCUGGUCGAGUGCCGGUUGCAAAAAGAGGCGCGGGCAGUGGCGAGCCCUUCAUCAUGUGCUGAGAUACCGAGCUCGAAACAUGUGCGAAAAUUCCCAGAAAACGCCCAUUGCCGAGCAUAUUGGGUACCGGUGUCAUUUACAGUGAAAAUAUCCUCAACGUUGCAGCAAGGAUAAAGGGAAUGAAAGAGUGGUGCACUUCUUGCGACUGCUCAUGCGCUGCGAGAUGUCAACAAUGACAGCCAUUUGUACUUCCUAAGGAACGGGGCGUAACGUUCGGUAUCGGGUCACAUUCGUAUACGUGCAAUAACAGUGAACCUUUUUAUUGCCGCAAAUUAAAUAGAGCUUCCUGUGGCUGUACCCUACGCGAAUUUCUUAAUGUCUCGAUGCGUAUCAGAAAGAGAAGCUGAGUAAUUUUUAUGCGUACAAAAAAGGGCCAUAAUUUGCCGAGGUUUGAAUUAAAUCAAGCAGUGCUUCCUAAAUAUCGUUGGCAAAUUGGCCAAGUAAUUUUUCGUUAAGGUAUUCUGAAAUCGCAAUAAAACGUAGCGGACUUACAUGCAUUUAUUGGCCUCAGUAAAGGUCAAAGGCCGCCUUUUCAUUUCUUAAAUGAGCGCUUAGUCUUCUGUUGAUCAGUUCUUCUAACAACAUAAAAGCGGUUUGCUCUUCCGGAAUGAAAAAUGUCCUCGUUGGACGAUAAUUCGUAAGCUGGGCGCUCAGCUCACGUGCACGUUUGCGUAUGCAGUAAUGGCUUUGUCUGCAGCCGGGUUGCAGCCAAGCGUAGAUUCUUUCUAUGCCGCGAAAUUCUGCUGUGCAAUAUUUCAAGCUGUCCCUAGCGUGAGACGGCUUAUCGUGUGACGUGAAGGGCAUAUUCUGACAUAAACAGUCCGAGUUUCUGUCAAACACAAUUCACUGCAGUUCGAUAAUCGGAGCAUUGAUACUUCCAGAGAGAGAGAGAGAGAGAGAGAGAGAGAUAGAUAAGGAUAAAUGAAAGGCAGGGAGGUUAACCAGGACCGAGCAUAGUUGGCUAGCCUCAACUAAGGGAAUGGGAAUAAAAGAUUAUGAUGAGGAGAGAAAGUCUAGUGUUGAUGUCGCCAACGUAGUGACAAUUCUCUGCCCUCUGUGGUAGACAUUCGCUCGGUCCGGUAGUCUUCAGAAAUCGCAGCAGCACUUCUGUGGCCUUCUGCAGCAGUGAUAUGCGAGACCAUGGUCCCAAGACCUUGUCAUAUGAUAAUUAUUUUCAGCAGCUAACCGUUGCGUGAACGAAGUAGAUUCUCAAUUUUGGAGAGGCUGCGUCUUGAUGUGGGUUAACACUGGCAGCCUAAGCUUUGCUAAAAAAAAAAAAAAAAAAAAAAAAAAAAAACAGCC